UUAUCUUCUCCCUUUAUUCGCGAAUGAAAGCACAGCGCGCCGCCAGAGUCGCUCUUUCGCCGGAAGGAGAUCAAGCUUCAUUCGCUGGCUGAGGGAAACCAGAAAGAGAUGGAAAGGUGGCUAUUUUCUCAUAAAAUGACUGUAUGAUUUUCCUUUCCGAUGUCGCGCACGGAAGCACCAGUUACGAAUCUGGCGAGAAGGCAGCCUUUGAUCUUAAAGGAGCCGGCGAGGCCGAGUAAACGUGUAGCAGAGGUCGCCGGCGGCACCACGGCUGAGUGCGCGGCGGUGGUCUGUUGCUGUCCGUGUGGCCUCGUGAACCUCCUCGUUCUCACCAUCGUGAAGCUUCCGGCAUGUCUUUGCCGCCGUGCGCUGCGGAAGAGGAAGAAGCGCCGCGCCGCUCGGAAAAAGAAGGCGGAAUCCGAAGCCUCCGGCGCUGAUAUCACCUCCGCCUCGCCUGCAGCGGUGGUACAUGGGAUUCCAUUGCCCGCGAAGGGGAUUCUGUUGCCCUCGAAGUCGCCUGCGGCGGAGGUCUCAGAGCUGGAGAAGGAGAUGUGGCCCCACUUGUUCGGCAAUGGCUUCUGGCGCAGUCCAUCACAGAGAGAGUAAAGUUCAAGUUUAUCCCAUUGACCGAUCGACUCCGCCAUUAAUGGGAGAAGAAGGAAAGGAGAUAAAGCGGAUGGUUUUUUUCAAAUUCUAAUCUUUUCUCGAUGAAGAAACUUACUAUUCUCUUCGUGAAGGGAUCAUAAAUCUGAGUUGUUGAGCCAAAAUUUCCAUUUUUAUUGGGCUUAAGUUAUGGGGUUGUCGAUUAUAGGAGAAGAGGAUCGCAUCUGCGUGUUCUUGGAUUGAUGGAAUGGAAUGAACUUUGUUGAUUUCAUGCAUGUAGAUUGACUUAGUAGUAUUUAUUUUUGUAUAAUAUGAUGUACUUUCUCAUUGAACGAGAAUAGGGCUGUUGUCCUUAUGAGCU